UUCCACCUCUUCGUGACUAACAUUUUCUGGCAUUUAGUGGACUACUUGGAACCUAAUUUAGCAAUACAAAUAUUUAAUCACUAAGAUUGUCUUUGAUCUAUUUUUAAGCGCUGUUUGUCUUUGAUAUGAUCACGCUCAGACUGCUUGCUAUUUGCUCUUUCUCUCACGUUGGUUGGCUGGGAAAUUCCGACUUUCCAAACAGCUGUUUCCCAGUGACCUUGGCUGACAGUCUAAAUUGUAGACUAGGCCUGCAACUAUAAAUAAAAUUGGCCAGAAUGGCCAUGGUUAGUGUUCCGUUAACUCUUCUAAUUAAGACUCAAAAUGCGUUUGACACUUUUGCUGUUCUGUGCUCUCGUUUGCCUCAUCGUUGUCCUGGCCGAGGGCAGGGAAAGAAGGGCCAGCAGCCGCAGGUCCCUGGGACUCAGGCAGCAGAGGAUUACACGCAAUGUGCGGCAGCGGAACAGGCAAUCUGCCAGGGCAAGACCCAGCAGCAGAACCCGCAAACUGAGUGCCGUCAAAAAGAGUAGCAAGAAGAGCAAGUCAGCAAGGAAAAUUAAAACCAAAAGAAAAGCCAGUGCCAAAUCAAAGAGAAAAGCAUUAACCACUAAGUCCGUGAGGAGUGCAUCUGGAUCUGGAGCUGGAUCUACCACCCUGCCGCUCGACUUUCAACAGAACUUUGUGCGCACCACCAACAAUUUGCGAUAGGAAAAGUCCUUCCUGGCCAGCCGUUAUGGCCAGAGUUUUGCCACUACCACGGGAUCGAGGAUCGCGCUGAAAAACACGGCCAACAUGGAGUACACCUGCAAGAUGAGCAUUGGCACACCCAAGCAGAUAUUCACCAUCCUGCCCGACACUGGCAGCUCCAACAUCUGGGUGCCUGGCCCCAAGUGCACCAGCAGGGCAUGCAAAAUCCACAAGAAAUAUCACCCGGCCAAGUCCAGUACCUACACGAAGGUCGGCACUGCCUUUGCCAUCACCUACGGCUCGGGCAAAGUGACGGGAAAACUGGCCAAGGACACCGUGCGAGUGGCGGGUCUGGCGGUCACGAAUCAGACAUUUGCGAUGACCAACAAGGAGCCGGGCACCGCCUUUGUGGAGUCGAACUUUGAUGGCAUUCUGGGCCUGGGCUUCCGCAGCAUUUCCGUGGACAAUGUGAAGACGCUGGUGCAGAAUAUGUGCUCGGAGGGCGUCAUCUCGAACUGCGUCUUCAGCAUCUGCAUGAGGGGUGGCGGUAGCUCCAAGCGAGGCGGCGCACUCAUCUUUGGGAGCACCAGCACCACAGCUUAUACAGGAUCUGAAACCUACACCUACACUCCUGUAACCAAGAAGGGCUACUGGCAGUUCGAUCUGCAAGGCUUCUAUUUGGGCAGCACCAAGGUGAGUGGCAGCAGCCAGGCCAUUGUGGACUCGGGCACUUCGCUGAUUGCAGCCCCCACGAGUGCCUUCAACAAGAUCAACAAGAUCCUCGGCUGCACAGUGACCUCCAGCGGCGAGUGCUGGAUGAAGUGCUCCAAGAAGGUGUCGGAUGUCACCUUCGUUAUAGGCGGCAAAAACUUUGUGAUGGCUGGGAACAAGCUGAAGCUAAAGGUGAGGACCACAAAGGGCAACACAAUCUGCAUCUCGGCGGUGUCUGACAUGGGCACAAGCUUCUGGAUUCUAGGGGAUGCCUUCAUCAGGCAUUUCUGUACAGUUUUCGAUGUGGCCAAGAGCCGCAUUGGAUUUGCUGCCUCAUCGUGA